GGAUGGCUGACGUGGAUGUUUCUAUCUGGUGGGACCAGCUUUGGCCGACAGCUUCAGCUUAUAACCGCUGCAGUACAGAACGGCAGAGAUAGAACAUUUCCGGUCCAGCCCACACCGAACAAACUUGCCGCAGGUUAUGCCUUGCCCGCCGACUGCAAUUCAAAACUUCCGGGGCGGGUUGGUGUCUUUUGUCAUUUAUCGGCCUCAGAUAUGGGCAUUCCCUGCGGCGACGACGUUGUCUUGAUCCAAAUGGGUAAGAUGCCAGACGAGCCCUCUGUCAUCACGGUGAAUUGCCCGGACAAGGCCGGGCUCGGGUGCGAUCUCUCUAGAAUAAUCCUCGAGUUUGGUCUUCGCAUUACCAAAGGAGAUUUUUCAAAGGAUGGAAGAUGGUGUUACGUGGUAUUGUGGGUUGUUCCACAUGAUAGCUCCCUUAAAGCUGACUGGGAAAGCUUGAAAACCCGACUUCUAUCUGUAUGCCCUUCUUAUUUGUUUUCAUAUUAUUUCAAUCAGCAAUCGACUCAUCCCUCGCCAUCCCCGGUAUAUCUGUUAAAGAUUUGGUGCCUUGAUCAAACAGGAUCGUUACAUGAUGUCACUAAGGUUCUGUGUAAGCUUGAACUUACAAUUCAAAGAGUAAAAGUGAUGCCAACCCCGGAUGGGAAAGUUUUGGAUCUGCUCUUUAUCACAGACGGCAUGGAACUGUUAGAAACAAAAAAGAGGCGUGAUGAUGUCCGUGAACAUCUGAUGGCUGUUCUAGGAAACAAUUUUAUUACUAGUGAACUUCAGCUGGCAGGGCCGGAGUACAAACAACUGGAGGGUUUUUCAUCUCUUCCACCGGCAGUUGCUGAAGAACUAUUUAGUUGCAAGCUGUCAAACGGGGACAUCAGUGUCUUGCAAGCUCUCUGCCCAGAUAUGUCAACAGCAGAGAAGGCAACUAUUACAGUAGACAAUUCAUUGAGCCCAUUCCAUACUUUGCUUCAGGUACGAUGUGUUGAUCAAAAGGGCCUGGUUUACGACAUAAUGAGGACAUCCAAGGACUUUGAUAUUCAGACGACCUAUGGCAGAAUUUCUUCCAGUGUGAAAGGCUUCAGAAAUAUAGACCUAUUUAUCCAGCAAAACGGGAAGAAGAUCCUGGAUCCUGAUAGUCAGACUGCAUUGUGUUCUCGCUUAAAGGACGAGAUGCUUCAUCCAUUGCGGGUGAUUAUUGCCAACCGGGGCCCUGAUAUUGAACUCUUAGUUGCUAAUCCAGUUGAGUCAUCUGGGAAUGGAAGACCACGCGUAUUCUACGACAUCACAUUCACUCUAAAAGCAUUAGGAGUAUGCAUCUUUUCGGCUGAAAUUGUAAGACAUUCAACAUCAGAUCGCCAGUGGGAAGUGUACAGAUUUCUCUUGAAAGAAAGACACGAAUUCCCUUUGGCAAGCGAUCAAGCAAGAAUUCAGAUUGUGGACAAAGUUAGAAAAACAUUAAUGGGCUGGCCAAUGGCAAUAACUUUCAUCGGACUUGUCGGUAAGUUGGUAGGGAGUGCAACAUAGGUCAUCGCAACUCUCCUGUCUCUUUUCACCGACAAACCUCCCAUCCAUAAAGCUCCAACAAUCGUCGCAUUGGGUCAUUCAGAACCCCCGCACAGAGAGAGAGAGAGAAAGAAAGAGAGUUCUGGGAGAUGUGCACGUUGGAAAAAAGAGGUAAAAUCUUCAUCCUAACGCUAACGGGCGCAGGCGAACACCGCCUAAAUCCCAUGCUUCUUGAUGAGGUCCAAUCAGCUCUACGCCGAGUCCGAGACGAGUCCAUCUCCUCCCCAUCUUCGGCUUUAAUCACCACCGCCCAAGGCAAGUUCUUCUCCAAUGGCUACGAUCUUGACUGGGCCGGGUCCUAUUGGAAUUAAAGUACGAUGUUCAUCACACACCUGCAGUACUUACGGAAUGAUACAAUUACAGAGAAGUUUGUUAUUCUGUUUUGCUGAGCUGUAUAUACAAUUUCAUUAUUUGUUAUUUGUUAUUUCAUUCUUUUUGUAAGCUAUAAAUAGCAGAAGGUAUACAUGCCAAAUCAA